UUUUGGAAAAGGCAGUGGGGAGACAAAGUCAUGCCCAGGAAAUUAUUUUUAACUCGGUGUUGAAAUUUUGCUCUGGUGAUCUGUUUAUUGUGCUGUCAGUGCUUCUCCGUAUUUAUCAUCUCAGGUGUGGCAGAAAUGAAAUUUGGGUGAUUUUUUUUUUGUAACUCUUUGCAUGUUUGAAUUUCCCAGGAGGUUCCACCUUGCUAUGAGAAGCCAAGAUGGAUCCAGAAGAGCAGGAUUUACUUGGGGAUUACAGAUACAGGAAUUAUUCUUCAGCAAUUGAGAAAGCUUUGAGGAACUUUGAAUCAUCCAGUGAAUGGGCAGAUCUGAUCUCUUCCCUUGGCAAACUCAAUAAGGCUCUGCAGAGUAACCUGAAAUAUUCCCUGCUGCCCAGAAGAUUGAUCAUCAGUAAAAGAUUAUCCCAGUGCUUGCACCCAGCCCUGCCCAGUGGGGUUCACUUAAAGGCUUUAGAAACCUAUGAAAUCAUCUUUAAAAUCAUUGGCACAAAAUGGCUUGCCAAGGAUUUAUUCUUGUACAGCUCUGGUUUGUUCCCUCUGCUGGCAAAUGCAGCAAUGUCAGUGAGACCUGUUCUCCUUGGCCUGUAUGAGAAAUAUUUUCUCCCUCUCCAAAAAUCCCUCCUGCCUGGUCUCCAGGCCUUUGUAAUUGGGCUGCUGCCUGGCUUGGAAGAAGGAUCAGAAAUUUAUGACAGAACAGAUGCUCUGCUGGUGAAGCUGUCCCUGCUGAUGGGCCAGGAGGUUUUUUAUGGAGCUCUCUGGGGCAGUGUCCUGGGCAGCCCCUCCAUCAGGCUCCCUGCUUCCCUCUUCGUGGUCAGCCACAUCAACAGGGAACUCUCUGGCAAACAGCAGAAAUUCAUGCUGGGCACUGAUCAUAAACUCACAAUAAAGUCUUUGUGUGUGUCAGUGCUGGAUUCCAAUGUCCUUGUGCAGAGGAACACUCUGGAAGCAAUCCUCUUCUUUUUCCCAUUUUAUACAGCUUUGGACUGCAAGGAAAGCACCAUCCUGCUGAGAAGGGCUGAUCUGGUUUAUAUCCUGUCAGCAGCCACCCAGACACUGCUGAGGAGAGACAUGUCCCUCAACAGGAGAUUGUAUGCAUGGCUGCUAGGCUCUGAUAUUAAAGGUGGCACUUUUGCUCCAGACUCCACCACUUCUGAAGACCAUGCAGUUUAUUUCUUUGGAAAAUACUCUAAAGAUCUUUUGGUUGAGAGUUUGAUUGUGAUUCUGCAUCAGAAAUUCCCUGAGUGUGACCCAGAGGAGCAGCACCAGGCUUAUCUCAAACCCUUCAGGAUCCUCAUCAGCCUCCUGGACAAACCUGAAAUAGGGCCACAGGUUGUUGGGGAUCUGUUCCUGGAAGUUCUUAGAGCUUUUUAUUCCUACUGCAAAGACACCCUGGGUUCUGAUCUCAAACUCAGCUACAAUCAAAGUGGCAACACCCUGGCAAGUGCAAUCAAAGAGAACAAAAAUGCUUCAGAAAUUGUCAAAACAGUGAAUUUGUUGAUCACAUCCUUAAGCACUGAUUUCCUCUGGGAUUACCUGACCAAGUGCUUUGAAGAUUGUUUCAGAAACAAAUCCACAGGGAUGAGGUAUCCUCUGGAAAAUGUGAGCACUCCUCCUACCAUUUCAGAGCUGUGCACACUUCUGGUGUUCCUGCUGGAUGUCAUUCCUUUGGAGCUCUACUCAGAAGUGCAGACUCAGUACCUGCCCCAGAUGCUCAGUUACAUGGUGCAGUCUCUCCUGGAAAACAUGGAAGUGUUGGGACUGCCAGAACUCACUCAUGCCUUAAAAACCUGUUUUAAGGUGCUCAGCAAGGUGCAAAUGCCCCCUUCCUACCUGGACAUGGAGACAGGGAGUGGCAAUGGGAGCCCGGUGCCAAAGGAAGAUGUGGACGUGACCCUGGAGACCAAAUCUGUGCUGCAGGAUGAGGAGGAGGCUCCAUUCCCUCCCCUCAAGUCAGAGGACAGUGGCAUUGGCCUGAGUGCCUCCUCCCCAGAGCUGUCCCAGCACCUGGGGGUGCCCACAGUGACCCUGGAGAGAGAUGAUGUCUGGAAAAAAGGAGGGAGCAUCCAAAAAACUCUGGAUUGCAUCCAGGAGCUGGUUGCCAAGUUUGCCAGCAAAUACAUUUUUGGGGUGCAGCUCCAAGAAAUGAGUCCUGAAGGAAUUGCAGCUAUAAAUCUGAGUGGGAAAGAGAAAAAGGAGAAUGGCUACAGGUUACCUGAGAGUGGCAACAAGAAAAAGAGUCCGUGGGAUGCCAAACAAAUCACGGUGCCUCAGGUCAAGCAGAUGCUCUCAGAGCUGUUCUCAGCCCGGGGCUCGCCCUUCAGGAGCAAGAAUUCCUCUCCUGUCCUCUCUGAACAAAGCUCUGGUCACAAAAAGGAGAAGGAGGAGGAGGAGUGGGACUUGGAGCUGGUGUUGGGACCCCUCAGAGGUGACUGCAAAGAAGCUUUUUCUGCAGCCUGUCACCUGCUGCUGGACUGCACCACGUUCCCAGUGUACCUGUCCGAGGAGGAGAUGGAACAGUUGUACCUCUCUCUGUUUCAGGGGCCUGGAGGUGAUCCCAGCUUGCCUCUGUGGCUGAGGUCCCUGAUGACAAUCUGCUGCUGUGUCAAUGACUGCUACGUGCAGAACGUCUCCAUCUUCACCCUCCUCGAGGUCAUCAACCACUCCCAGUCCCUGGCACUGGUGAUUGAGGACAGGAUGAAGAGGUACAAAGUGUCUGGCCACAACCCUUUCCUUGGCAAGCUGCAGAUGGUCACCCUUCCUCCCAUUGCUCCUGCAGUCCUGAAGAUGAUCUCAGAGAAGACAGAUUUCUACCAGAGAGUUGCCUGUGUGCUCUGGAAUCAGCUGAACAAGGAGACUCGAGAGCACCACAUUGCCUGUGUGGAAUUGUUCUACAGACUUCACUGCCUGGCUCCCUCAGCAAAUAUCUGUGAGGACAUCAUCUGCCAGGCCCUCCUGCAUCGGGAUAAAGGGACAAGGCUGGAAGCUCUGUUCAGAUUCUCUGUCAUGUGGCACCUGACCAGAGAGAUCCAAGGCAGCAGAGUGACUUCUCACAAUCGAUCCUUUGACAGGUCGCUGUUCGUGGUGCUGGACAGCCUGACGUGCUCGGACGGGGCCAUCGGGGCGGCGGCUCAGGGCUGGCUCAUCCGGGCACUGUCCCUGAGCGACGUGGCUCGGAUCCUGGAGCCCGUGCUGCUGCUGCUGCUGCACCCCCGCACCCAGCGCACCUCCAUCACCUACAUCAAGCACAGCUCCUCCCCAGACUAUGUUCGUGAGUGGCUUUGCAAGAAAAAGACCCUGAAGGAGUCUGGCAUCUCUGAGAGCAAUUCUGAGGAAAACCUUCCCUUGAGCCAGUUCACAACCGUGGACAGAGAAGCAAUUUGGGCAGAAGUGGAAAACGAUCCAGAGAAAGCAGAGCUGAAAGCUGAGCAGGCUGAAAACGACGGAUCUGAGCAGGACACCAGCGAGCACACAGAGUCUGCAGACACCAGCACAGGCCACGACAGUGACAACACCUCCUCCUUCUCCCCUUCCCUGGAGCUGCAGGAGGUGAGCACCGAGGACAGGGACGAUGGCAGAGAGGCCCCAAGGCACGGGAAUUCCCUCAGCGCCUCCCUGUCCGAGAGCUCCAAAUCCAGCGCGGGGCCCAACCUCGUCAGGGCCGACUCGGAGAGGACUCAGGCCUCGGAAUCUCUGUCCAGUGACGAGGAGGUGGACCUGGAGCUGCAGGAAAUCGCCCAGUGCAGGCUGCUGAAGCAGCAGAAGGAGAAGCAGGAGCUGGCAGAGGCUCUGUUCAAGCACAUGCUGCUGUACCUGCAGCCCUACGACUCCCGGCGCGUCCUCUACGCCUUCUCCGUGCUGGAGGCCGUGCUCAAAACCAACCCCAAGGAAUUCAUCGAGGCCGUGGCCACCACCAGCAUGGACACCAGCUCCACAGCUCACCUCAACCUCAUCUACAACCUCCUGGCUCGCCACCAGGAAGCUCUGGUGGGGCAGAGCUUUUAUGGGAAGCUGCAGCCUCAGUCGCCCACGGUGUGUCCUCACUCGGUGCUCAUCGAGCUGCUCACCUACCUGUGCCUGAGCUUCCUGCGCUCCUACUACCCCUGCUGCCUGCAGCUCAGCCACAGGGACCUGCUGGCCAACAGGGACGUGCAGGUGAAGAGCGUGGAGGUGCUCAUCAGGAUGAUGGCCCAGCUGGCCAGCACGGCCAAGGCGGCCGAGCCCAAGAGCGUGGAGUUCAUCCGUGAGCUGCUGGGCAGGUGCAAAGUGCAGGAGUUCGUGCUGCUCUCGCUCUCGGCCUCCAUGUACAUCAGCCACAAACGCUACGAGCUGCUCGUGGCUGAUGGGGCCAAGCACAGCCCUGAGGAGGAGGAGCUCCUCGAGGAGAACCUGAUCAAUUUUGGUCACGAUCAGAUCUGGAGCGAGCACCCGCUGCAGAUUGAGCUGCUGAAGCUGCUGCAGGUGCUGAUUGUCUUGGAGCACCACCUAGGCCAGAGCCCUGAGGAGCAGGAGAACCAGGCAGACCUCUCCAAGGAGUGGCAGCAGGCUCUCAACUUCCAGCAGGCCAUUGGGGCCAUGCAGUACGUGUACCCACACCCCAUCACUUCCCAGGGACUCUUUGUCUCUGCCGUGGUCAGGGGGCUCCAGCCAGAGUAUGGCCAUGGGAUGCAUCCCACGUGGGUGAGCUUGGUCACCAGCUCCCUGCCCUAUUUUGGGAAGUCCUUAGGUUGGACGGUGGCACCGUUUGUGGUGCAGAUCUGUAAAAACCUGGAUGAGCUCGUCAAGCAGUAUGAAAAUGAAGUUGUCAAGACGUCUGCUAAAACAUCUGCCAGCUUCACUUCUAAAAGAGAAAAUGUGACUCCUGAUUACCCCCUCACCCUUCUGGAAGGGCUGACAACCAUCGGGCACUUCUGCCUUCUGGAUCAUCCCAGUCCAACAAAAAAGUCAUCCUAUUCAGCUGAACCUGCCAACCUGAGGAAUGCCAGGAAUGCCAUCCUGGAGGAGCUGCCCCGAAUUGUGAACACCAUGAGCCUCCUCUGGAGUGUCAUUAAGAGGGAAGACUCCCAAAAAAGACCAACUGACUUCUUUGGGACAACUAAAGGCUCCUCUUCAGUCUACUUUAAAGCAACCAAAACGCUAAGAACAAAAAUAUUGGAUUUUCUGAAUCCCUUGACAGCACACCUUGGAAUCCAACUGAUGGCAGCAAUUGCAGCAGUUUGGAACAGCAAAAAACCUCACAGGAGUCACAGUAAAACCAAGAUUCUCCCAGUGGCCAGUGCAUCCCAACUUAUUCUCGUGGACUUAAUUUGUGCCCUGAACACAUUGAAAAUUGACACCAUAUUAUAUCUGGUCAAAGAGGUGGUCAAGAAACCAGCACAAAUCAAGAGGGAAGAGAAAUCCUCUCUCGUGGAUAUCCCAGUGCUGCAGUUCAGUUAUGCUUUCAUUCAGAGACUCCCUGUCCCAGCCCUGCAGGAGAACUUCCAGCCCUUAUUAGGGCUCCUCAGAGAAUCUGUGCAGCUGAACUUGGCUCCUCCUGGCCACUUCCUUCUCCUCAGCAUCCUAAAUGACUUUGUGACAAGGACACCCACCCUGGAAAACAAAAAGGACCAGAAAGACCUGCAGGAGGUGACCCAAAAAAUCCUGGAGGCUGUGGGGACCAUUGCUGGUUCUUCCCUGGAACAGACCAGUUGGCUGAGCAGAAAUUUGGAAGUGAAAGCUCAACCUCAGAUUUUACCAGAUGAAUUCAAUGUGGAGGAUGUGAAUGAUACAACAGUGGCACCAUCUUCAAUGGUUUCUGCCUCUGCUCCUUCAAUCUACAGUGUCCAAGCCCUUUCUCUCCUUGCAGAGGUGCUGGCCUCCCUGCUGGACGUGGUUUACCGCAGUGAUGAGAAGGAGAAGGCCGUGCCCCUCAUCUCCCGCCUGCUCUACUUCGUGUUCCCCUACCUGAGGAACCACAGUGCCUACAACAUUCCCAGUUUCCGUGCUGGUGCUCAGCUGCUCAGCUCCCUGAGUGGAUACGCCUACACCAAGAGAGCCUGGAAAAAAGAAGUGCUGGAAUUGUACAUGGAUCCAUCUUUUUUCCAGAUGGACACUUCCUGCACCCACUGGAGAUCCAUCAUUGACCAUCUCCUCACACAUGAGAAAACCAUGUUUAAGGAUUUGAUGACCAUGCAGAGCAGUGCCCUGAAGCUGUACCCCAGCUUUGAGCAGAAGGCGAUGCUGCUGAAGCGCCAGGCGUUCGCUGUCUUCAGCGGGGAGCUCGACCAGUACCACCUGUACCUGCCCCUGAUCCAAGAACGUCUGACUGAGAAUCUCCGUGUGGGUCAGACCUCUUUGGUGGCUGCCCAGAUGUUUCUCUUCUUUAGAGUUCUUUUAUUGAGGAUUUCCCCUCAACAUCUCACCUCCCUGUGGCCAAUCAUGGUCACAGAACUGAUCCAGACAUUUCUACAGCUGGAGGAAGAUUUAACUGAGGAAGAGGAACCAGCAAAGAGCAACAGCAAAAUCAGCAAAGGCAAAAGCUCAGGGGAUGGCAGUGGGGCUGAAAUCCAGCCCAACGAGCUGUGCCUGUACCUGGCAGCCUGCAAAUUCCUGGACACAGCCCUUUCCUUCCCCCCUGACAGGAUGCAGCUCUUCCAAAUGUACAAAUGGGCCUUUGUACCAGAGGUGGACACAGAAUCUUCUCCUGUCACCUCUCACCUGGUGGAAAAUCACCAGGAAUGCCAACCACACAUCGUGAGGAUCAUGGAUCUGCUCAAGAUGAAAUAUGGGAUUUUCAGCUGCAUAUUUUGGGAUUUCUCCCUGCUGUUGCAGAGUGUUCUUCAAUUAUUCAGGAGCUGGUGGGGGGGAAAAAAAAGGGCAGUUUGGUGGGAAUUUCUCAGAAUUCCUGUGUUUUAUUUGUUUUCCAUGAGGAUUAAAGACAUUUUGUAAAUAAGGGAAGAAUAUUUUGGAUUUGAUGCAAGUAGCAGCUGCCCUGGGAUUUCUCCAGUAUUUUAAAGUGCUUUUGGACCUGUGUCCUGAAGGCAAAUUGAAGGCAAAUCCAAUGUUGCAUGUCAGUGUACAAUCAGUUUGCAGUGAGUCAUUUCCUGAGGUGAAAGCCCCUUAAUUUGGCCCAAAUUGAUCAAAUUCUGAACAAAUCCUCCAAAUUCCUCACAGAUGGAUUUUCUAAAUCUCAGCCUUGUGCAAAGAGCUGCAGCUUUGCCCUGGCUGUAAUUUCAGCUCUGUGCUAGAACAGUAUUCUUCAGGCUCAGCAUUUCCUAAUAAAUCAGAAAUGUGCAUAAAACACAAAGUUAUGCCAGGAGCAUUUUGUAAUUAGCAUUACUUGAGGGGGGGGGGUUGGUUUUAAUUAAUCGAUUAAAAGAUUUGAAUUCAUAUUUUUUAAAUUAAAAGCUUUCAUUCUUUCAGUGACUCAGGUGGCUGCAGCUUCUGAAAUGCAACUAAAUGGAGAUAAUGCUGUAAAAAUAGAAACUGCUUAACUAAAACGAAAAUAAGUUUUUUUACAGAACAUUUUUUUUUUGUACAAAAGAAUGUAUUUGGCUGUUCCUGGAUGGUGAGAGAGGUAGGGGGAUCGUCCCAGUGCUUUUCCUAAAUUAAAAAAGACAUGGGAAAUGUUUGGUUGGGAGUCAGGCAUUUCUUUUUCCCAAACUCCCAUAACAAACGUGGGAGGCUUCUCUGCAUUGGGUUUUAGGUAGAGAUGGAUGAGAUUUUCAUCUUGGAUUUAUAAACUAAAAUAAUGAAACAUCCUUUACUCUCAUACUGGAAUACUGUACAAAAAUAAUACCACAAUAGGCUUGUGCUAAAUGUAUUUAAAUCCUUUUGUAUUUUUACAGUGAAGGAAAGUGGUGGACUGAGGUGUAGUCAUUGAGAAUGGGAAUUAUUUCUAUUCAUAUAAUUUAUUAAUGGUCUCUAAUGCUGUUGGAAUGAGCACAAGUGAAAAGUUACCCUUUGAAAGCAUUACUUGAAUAUUGGAGCAGGCCACUUUUUAAAAUGUUAGUGUUCAUUUCCUGCCUAUCUUCAACAAUUUUUAUGGAUAAUCUGAAUACUCAGGAUGCUUUGGUAUUUUUACUUUCAGUUUCCUGCUGGUUGCAUUUCAUACUUGGGUAUUUCCCUUAAAAAUGCUGAGAAAGGAGAGUAGGGUUAGAUGGGAUGUUGGGAAGGAAUUCCUGGCUGUGAGGGUGAGGAGGGGCUGGGAUGGAAUUCCCAGAGCAGCUGUGGCUGCCCCUGGAUCCCAAGGCCAGGUUGGACAUUGGCACAGUGGGAGGUGUCCCUGCCAUGGCAAGGGUGGCACUGGAUGGGAUUUAAGGUCCUUUCCAACCCAAACCAUUCCAGGAUUCCAUGAUUCUGUUAUUCCAUGAUUUUAUCAAAUGGCUGUUAAAAUCUAAGACACCUUUUUGCCCCUAAACUGCUUUCAGUGGCCUCAGGCAUUUUAAGGCAUAAUCCUUCCACUUUAGAAGAAAAAGUUCUUUAAAAUACAGUAUCCAAGCAGAUCUUUUAUAAUUUUAAAUAACAUGAAAAAGGAGGGAAGGGCUUUAACUAAAAGUCCUGCUUGAGUGCUGGAGGGGGACAGUUCCACAGGCCCAAAGGGGAAUAUUUUAUUCUUUUAUUCCAUAAUUUUAUUACUUUUCCAUGUGGGACUAACUGUGAUGGUUUUCUCCUUAUGCUCCCACUGAUAAAUCCACUGAGGAACCACUGAGGGCUGUUCUGCUCUAAACUGCUCUUACCAAAGCAGAACAACCUCACUGUCCAUGAAUCUGGAAAUGUUUUUGCCUGGAACUCCAGACAUUUUCUCCUUUUCCAGGAGAGGAAAUGCUUUUGCUUUGCAGUGUUUUUGCUUUUCAGUCUAACCAAGCUCAGCUUUAUCUUGGACACUUCAGCUCCAAUACAGCAGAGCCACAGUGCACAGAGGGAGACACUGAAAUAUUCCAAAGGAUUUCAUUUUCCUGAAAGAAAAAAUUAGGAGGUGCAACCAAGGGAAACUGCUGAAGAGCAGCAGGACUUGAAGUGUAGAGCAUUAAGUGAUGAUUGUGUAUCCCAUACAUGAAUGUAAUUCUUCUAAUAAUAUUAAAUGUUAUUUUGCAAUACCUUUUCAAA